UUACAUUGCUGUAUGGUAUACUUGUUGGGUAUCCAACAUUUCUUUAUCUCAGACGGUUAGAAUAUCCCGAAUCGAUUGUUUAUCAUCUUUAAAUACUUACUUUUACAACGCUGUCUCUUUUGUUUUUCCUCAAAAGACGACUAGUGAUUGGUAUCACCUGUCGUGAAAGUUUUUCGGUACAAACACUCUGAAGUUUAAACUAACAUUCCCGGAGUGCUUCAACUUUUGUAUCUUAUUUAUGGUGGUCACUUAACUUGCUCGCUGUAGUUAAGUGUUAAAAUGACUGAGGUUUCAUUUUGCCAUGCACCAUUGCAUCACACAUUGUUUGAAGAAAAUGGGCAAUAAACCAGUACUAAUUUUCAUUCAUCGAGCUGAGCUGCCAACUAUACACAUUUCAUAAGAUGUUUUAUUUCUAAUUGAUAUUUUAGAGAAUUUAGACCAACCCUAAUUCAUACACUCGGGCAACUAUGAACAUCUAUGUAAAAAAAUAGUGACUACGUCCUUUUAAAAUUAUCUAUUUGGAACUGGUAGUGGUAGGACAUGCUGGUGCCCUUUCGGCAAACGGUGUGGGUUUGAUUCCUGAUCGUUGCUCUAAUUCCCAGCCAAAUAUGAUGGUUCCAAGCUUGGGUGAGCAGGAUGAACUCGAUCACUGACACCAGGAAGAAAGUCCACAGGCAGCAGCAGCAACAGCACCAAGUGAACAGCUUUGCAGCUUGUGAUCCAGACGCACUGACCGAGAUUAAAGAUCUAUUCAGUAAAUUGAGAACCUACAUCAAGCCGUCCAAUGAUGAGUGGUGCAGCCCUGAUGCGAAUGUCGCUUUUAUACAUCAUGCGAAAGUGCAAAACUGCCACCUUCAGGGACUGAAGGUGUCCCUCAACGCCGUGAAGAACCAACUAAGUGACAAGAACAUCGAAGUGUGGCAUGAGCACACCAACUCCACGAACCGGGCGGGGAAGGUCAUCGCCACGGUGCGCUCCGCCGCCAAUGCGGAAAUCUGUACUCAGGCUUGGUGCAAGUUCUAUGAGAUCCUGGGAACCUUCAGGCUUCUUCCCGAGGAGGCGCUCGCCUCAGGCGAGCUCAACACGGUUCACCUGUGUGAAGCGCCCGGUGCUUUCAUCAGCGCUCUGAACCACUACAUCAAAACCAGCGAGCACACACGCUACUGCGACUGGAGCUGGGCCGCCAACACGCUCAACCCGUACCACGAGGCCAACGCGGGAGGCGCCACCAUCGCGGAUGAUCGCUUAAUCGCAAACACUCUGCCGUGGUGGUUUUUUGGGUCUGACAACACCGGCGACAUCAUGCUCCAAAAGCACCUGCUGGAGCUGCAGACGUUCGUGGCCAACAUGCGUCGCGUCGAUCUGGUGACGGCAGACGGGAGUUUCGACUGUCAGGAGAACCCAGAUGAGCAGGAGGCGCUGGUGGCGCCGCUGCAUUACUGUGAGGUGACUGCCGCGCUGCUGCUCCUGAGCCCCGGCGGCUCCUUCGUGCUCAAAAUGUUCACGCUGUACGAGCACUCCUCCGUCUGUUUGCUGUACCUGCUCAAUUGCUGCUUCCGCUCCGUCAGCGUCUUCAAACCCGCCACCAGCAAGGCUGGCAAUUCCGAGGUUUACGUCGUGUGCCUCGGCUACGACCGCAAGGAGGCUGCGAGGCCUCUGCUCGCCAAGCUCAUCCGGAAUUACGGCGCGCAUAUGGCCGAGAGAGAGGCGCUUUUCCCAGAAUCCUCGAUCCCGCCCUCAUUCCUCACGCAGCACGAGGAGAUGUGCGCGUACUUUCACGCGCUGCAGGUGGAGACCAUCACGGAAAACUUGAGAUUGUUUGAAGGGACGAGUGCCGAGCAGAGGCAGAGGCUCGACUACGUCAGGGAUGGCACGGCUCUGGAAUACCUGCAACGUUUCAAGGUAACGUUCCUCCCUCGGGGUCGAUGGAUCUCCCGCAACGCCGUCAGCCCCGCCUGCUGCCGCGUCUCGGCGGGCCGACCCCUGGGGUCGAAGAAGCAAGCGGCGGGCUCCUUCAAUGAGCGCAGGGAGUUGCAGACCCUGAGCUGGAAGCGGCGCGUGGAGAGGGGUUGCCAUGCCGACUGGAUACAGCGGCACCGCUGCGAGGCUGACGAGACGGACUGCGUGCUGCAGGGACCCCUUUCCGGUUGCGACGUGGAUUCCUGGUACGUUAUCGUCGGCGCGGCGCUGCCCGCGGUUAGGAACUCUCCGUUCUGCGCUGGGGUCUUGUUAAACUACUUGACUGAAGCAGAGCUGGCCUCGGACUCGAAUCAGGUGCCUCGCUGUGACUCUUGCCACGUUUUUAGUGCCGCCUCCAUCUUGUCAGACGUGGCAGGUCUUUGCACUGACGGUAACGGGACGAAAAAGGCAAGGCAGUGUAUGGUUUUUGGCAGCCGCUCGGAGUGGGAGCCCUGUGGGAGUGGAAUAGAAGAGCUACUUCUCACGUUUCCUUCAGAGGGUUCAGAUCUUCAAGGAGGCCACGACCUGCUGCACGACGCGGCGCCGUCGUACCAGCACCAGCUCGUCAGCCGGGUCGCGCUGUCCCUGCGGAGUUUGAGGUCCGGGGACGCACUGUUGCUGCCCGUACCCUCCGCGCUCACCCGCGUCUCGGCCGCGCUCGUGCUCUGCCUGCACGUUUGCUUCCGCUUGAUCAAGUUCAGGUGCCCGCCGCCUUCGGGCGACUUCGGAGCGUUGCUCAUAUGCGCCGGCUUUUGCCCCGGCGCUGCGGCACGAAUCCUCCCGGCCUUGGCGGAAGUCCAGAAGUGUAUUGGUGAACUGCUAAAAGCAGAAGACGCAGGUAAAUGUCAGUCGCCGUGUGACAGACAGGUUCUCCAAUUCGUGCCCAUGGAGGAACUGCUCAACGGAGGACUGACGGACUUCCUGCGGACCGUGAACUCGGAAAUUAUGAGACACAAACUGCAUUUGCUCAUGCAGGCAUAGAACAGGCGAGGCAAUGCCAUCUUUUAUUUGUACCGAAGAAGAUUUUUGAGCAUUUUUAUUUUUUUACAUUGCUCGCUAUUUUUAUUUAUUUAUAUUUUAGGGCGUGGGGGCUAUCAUGCUGCUCGUUUGCCAAUUUUUUUAAUUUUUUUUUUAUUUCACAGUCCACAUACAGUGGAACCUCCAAAGUCGACCGGAAUCCAUUAUAGCAGUGGUCCCGAAGUAGUACCCUGCUAUACUAAAUAUUUUGAUGGUCCAGCGUAGAAUCAAAUAAAAAUGGAUGAUUGAAAACACUACUCAUCAUUAAAUUGAUAAGUAAAAAGUGGGAGCCUUGGCCCCGUUUCUGUCAACCAGCCAAUCCCAUUUUGGGGUAAUUUCAAAAAAACCUCAGUUAUGUCUUUUGAUGGCUGGUGCUUGGUCCCAAUGUGCUUUUGAUGGCUGCCUCGUUUGCUAGCAUGUCGCCACUUAUUAUUGAAAAUAAAUCCAAUUCACUUAUCCCAAUAAACCUCUUUCUUAAAGGGAGAGUUUUUGUUAGGGAAAAAAACAUUUUAUCAUCCGUUAAAACCGUAUAAAGCUGAAACUAGUACAUUAGUAAAAUGACCUGUGGGAAAAAAAAAAUACUUUUAAGAAACCACUAAUCCGAGAAAAUGCAGGUCGCUCGUUUGCUGUACACCGGCGGGCACUUGCACAUUUGGUCCUGAGCACACCCCUUGGCGCCUUUUCCCCCUCCAGCUCGCUCUCGUGUAAGUUUCGCAAACUUUUAUUUUUCCCCCUGAAUCAAGUGACCCUGACUAGCAUUUUGACAGAGGCACGGGCAGUAGCGCCUGAUAUUCACAAACAUUUUUAGCCUCUGAUCAAUGGUAUCUUUUGGAUCAGUCUCUCUCUGCGACCCAAUGAUAGCGACCAUGGUCCUAAAUUGAACUCUACUUAUUGUGUAAUAGCAUUUAAACAUGCUUAGUCUUUUCAUGUUUGUGCUUUUACAAAUGUAAAGCAUAUCUAUGCUAAUGCUGGAGGCUCACUACUUUAAGUUUACUUAACUUCCACAAAAACUAAAGGAAAUAGAACGUGCAAUGUUUUCGUUUUUGUGAAAGUAUAGUGAUAUUUCAUCUGGCGUCAUUUGUGGGGGUUAAUUUUUUUUUUUUUUUAUUUCUUGUUUUGCCAGAAGCUCUGCUCAAGUUCCAAAGUGUCCAACCUCAGUGGCGUUCGACUUUAGAGGUUCUUCUGUAUUGCGAAAUAUUGGGUGUUCCAAAAAUUUUGCUGUAUUCGAAAGCCGAAUAUCUGAGUAACUGCAUGCCUUAUUUUUUUUUUUACGAUAUCUUCAGAUACCGGUCAUAGUCCAGAUUCUUUUUCCCUACAAAGAAAACUUCCUCUUGGAAUUUUUUUUCCCCUGUUCAUUUUCCAAAUCUGCUUCUCAGUUGGUAUAUUUGGAUUGGUAUUGACACUGGAAAUGGUUUUUUGAUAUAUUCUCACAUUCACAAAAUUUGUAUUCUUCACCGUCUCGUUAAAUAAUUGAUCGUGGGAGCGAGGAUUGGCUGUUAUUAGAAUAUGAAAUGGUGUCACAACAUUUUGUGGACUAUAUUUUCAUUUGUUUCGAUUCAUUUGGAGACAGCACGUGCACAUCAGUUAAAUAAAACAAAUGCUAACAAAUCAGUUUCACAAUUGUGUAGACAUGAUCAAUUUUCAGUCCAAUUUUUUUUUAGUAUUUAAAACGGAUCAUUUAUAUUUUUUGUAAAAAGCUGAAGGAAACGUAAAUGAUAGAUCUCAGGUGAAUAAUAACAGACAUUUCCAAAAAAGGGUAAACACAAUGCACGUUAUGGUCAUUGUUUUUGAAAAUAUCUCGUGCAGGACUCAAAUUGUUUGGGAAAAUAUGUUUCUUAAAAAAAUGGGAAAACAAAGCAUUCUUUUUGGAAAUAUUUAAAAAAAAAAAACUUACAGCUUGUUCAUCUCGAACCUUAAUAAACAAACGCGUUGUGGCACAUUAGUUUUAGUAAAGGGGUCAAUAAUAAAGCCCUUUAAAUCUUUCAGAGAACCUUCGUGUUUCCUGAGUUAUUUUUUUUCUUGUACAGGUUUUGUUUUGUUUUGCAAGAGCUGCUUCACGUGGACAAAAAAAGAUAAAAAUGUGACGAGGCAAUCCCUUCCCAUGCAUGUGUCCCAGUAUUAAAGACUAUGACAAACCCAGCGACCGACCGGCGCAUAACUGAUUAAUUUACACAAGUGAAUAAUUGAAGUUGCUUUUAGUAGAACUCCCGCAUAGCUGCAUUCACUAAGGAUUUUUAGGGGGCGAGUCGAACAAACAAAAAGUCCCCGAUUUUGAGCGCCGAGCCUCCUGUCGGUCACAGAUGGUUAGCGAGCAACUGCAGCCUGGAGUGCUGCCGUCUUCAGCAAUGCAUUAUUUGUCCCACGACGUGCCGGAGUUUUUUGUCUUGAAGCCAUCGUACUGCUAACCAAUUUAUUCCUUUAUUUCCUGGACAGUGAUGAAGAAAACUGAAGAAAUUAUGAAAAAAAAGAGACCAGCGUGGUUCCAUUGUUGAGAUCAAGUGGGUAUAAAAAGUCUACACUUC